CCUACUUUCCCUCCACCCUAAACACCGCCCUGAGGGCGGCGGCGACUGUGGUAAUUGCAGCUGCUUAGGGGCAGGGCUUGCCCCAGCACUGAGUAGUGGCAACAGCGUGGUUGCGUCGGGGGUGUUGGGAGCCGGCAGCCCCGGGGGCCUGAAUUAGGCUACUCCCCGGGCUGACACUCUCUCCCUAAGGGAGACGUGCUGUCGAAUCAGCGCUGGGCAGCGACAGCGCCCAGGGGGGCUUCUUCAUUUGAGGAGAGGUGGGGUUAUAGGGCACAGGUGACAGGGCCGGAGAAAGAUGGAGCAGCCCUGGGCGGCGGCGUCGGGAGCGGGAGGCGGCAGCGAGGAACCCUGUGGGGGCCGGAGCAACAAGCGGAGCGCGGGGAACCGAGCUGCCAACGAAGAGGAAACGAAAAACAAACCCAAAUUGAACAUUCAAAUAAAAACUUUGGCAGAUGAUGUGCGUGACCGAAUUACAAGUUUUAGAAAAUCUACGGUCAAGAAAGAAAAGCCUUUUAUUCAACAUCCUAUUGAUUCCCAAGUCGCAAUGAGUGAGUUUCCAGCAGCUCAGCCAUUAUAUGAUGAACGAUCUUUGAAUUUGUCAGAAAAGGAAGUACUGGAUCUCUUUGAAAAAAUGAUGGAGGACAUGAACCUUAAUGAAGAAAAAAAAGCUCCUUUACGAAACAAAGAUUUUACCACCAAGCGUGAGAUGGUUGUCCAGUAUAUUUCUGCUACUGCCAAAUCUAUAGUUGGGAGUAAAGUUAUGGGUGGUCUGAAAAACAGCAAGCAUGAAUGUACCCUGUCUUCACAAGAAUAUGUUCAUGAAUUACGAUCUGGUAUUUCAGAUGAGAAACUUCUUAACUGCCUAGAAUCCCUGAGGGUUUCAUUAACCAGCAAUCCUGUCAGUUGGGUUAACAACUUUGGACAUGAAGGUCUCGGGCUCUUAUUGGAUGUUCUGGAAAAGAUUCUGGACAAAAAACUGCAAGAAAAUAUUGACAAGAAGAAUCAAUAUAAACUCAUUCAGUGCCUCAAAGCAUUUAUGAAUAAUAAGUUUGGAUUACAAAGGAUUCUAGGGGAUGAAAGAAGUCUUUUACUAUUGGCAAGAGCAAUUGACCCCAAACAACCCAACAUGAUGACUGAAAUAGUAAAAAUACUUUCUGCUAUUUGCAUUGUUGGAGAAGAGAAUAUUCUAGAUAAACUUUUAGGGGCUAUAACUACUGCUGCAGAGAGAAAUAACAGGGAGCGAUUUUCACCAAUUGUGGAAGGAUUGGAAAAUCAUGAAGCUUUGCAAUUACAGGUGGCGUGCAUGCAGUUUAUAAAUGCCCUUGUCACUUCUCCAUAUGACCUUGAUUUCCGAAUCCAUUUAAGGAAUGAAUUCCUUCGUUCGGGACUAAAAACCAUGUUACCAGAUCUAAAAGAAAAAGAGAACGAUGAGCUUGAUAUUCAGUUGAAAGUAUUUGAUGAGAACAAAGAGGACGACCUAACUGAAUUAUCCCAUCGUCUCAAUGAUAUUCGAGCAGAAAUGGAUGAUAUGAAUGAAGUAUAUCACCUUCUAUAUAAUAUGUUGAAAGAUACUGCAGCUGAAAAUUACUUAUUAUCCAUUCUGCAACACUUUUUGCUCAUCAGAAAUGAUUAUUAUAUCAGGCCACAGUAUUAUAAAAUAAUUGAGGAGUGUGUUUCUCAGAUAGUGUUGCACUGCAGUGGCAUGGACCCAGACUUUAAGUACAGGCAAAGAUUAGACAUUGAUUUUACUCAUCUGAUAGAUUCUUGUGUGAACAAGGCAAAAGUUGAAGAAAGUGAACAAAAAGCAAUGGAAUUUUCAAAGAAGUUUGAUGAAGAAUUCACAGCUCGACAGGAAGCUCAAGCUGAGCUUCAAAAACGAGAAGAAAAAAUUAAAGAACUUGAAACAGAAAUCCAGCUACUUCGAAUCCAGGGCCAUGGAUCCUUGGGUUCAUCAGGAACUCCAGGUCCUCCUCCACCACCUCCCUUGCCAGGUGUUGGCCCACCACCACCUCCACCACCUGCACCUCUACCUGGAGCUCCUCCUCCUCCACCUCCAUUAUCUGGAUUUGAGGGUAUUCCACCACCACCACCACCACCUUUAUUUGGAGGACCUCCUGCACCACCACCCCUCGGAGGAAUGUCUUCUCCCACAGGAGUGCCACUUGAUCUACCUUAUGGAAUGAAGCAGAAGAAAAUAUAUAAACCUGAAGUGUCCAUGAAGAGAAUCAAUUGGUCAAAGAUCGAGCCUAAAGAAUUAUCUGAGAACUGUUUCUGGUUAAAAGUAAAAGAAGAAAAGUUUGAAAAUCCAGAUCUCUUUGCAAAAUUGGCACUGAAUUUUGCUACCCAUAUAAAAGUUCAAAAAAAUACAGAACCUUCAGAAAUAAAGAAGAGUAUACCUGCAAAGAAGAAACUGAAAGAAUUAAGAGUUUUGGAUCCGAAAACAGCUCAGAAUCUGUCUAUCUUCCUGGGAUCAUAUCGCAUGCCAUAUGAAGAUAUUAAAAACAGCAUUCUAGAGGUUAAUGAAGACAUGCUAAGUGAGGCCUUAAUUCAGAACCUUGUAAAACAUCUUCCUGAGCAGAAGGUACUCAGUGAAUUAGCACAGCUUAAGAAUGAAUAUGAUGACCUCUGUGAGCCUGAGCAAUUUGGAGUUGUGAUGAGCUCAGUGAAAAUGUUACGGCCUCGUCUCAAUAGCAUUCUUUUCAAGCUCACAUUUGAAGAACACGUAAACAACAUCAAACCAAGCAUCAUAGCCGUAACUCUUGCUUGUGAAGAAGUGAAGAAAAGUGAAAGCUUUAAUAGACUUUUAGAGUUAGUUCUUUUGGUUGGAAACUACAUGAACUCAGGCUCAAGAAAUGCCCAGUCUUUGGGAUUUAAGAUCAACUUCCUUUGUAAGAUUAGAGAUACUAAAUCAGCAGAUCAAAAAACAACCCUUUUGCAUUUUAUUGCUGAAAUUUGUGAGGAAAAAUACCGAGACAUCCUGAAAUUUCCUGAAGAAUUGGAGCAUGUAGAAAGUGCAAGCAAAGUUUCAGCUCAAAAUCUUAAGAGCAGCCUUGCAGCAAUGGAACAACAAAUUGUUCAUCUGGAACGUGACAUCAAGAAAGUUCCCCAAGCAGAAAAUCAACAUGAUAAGUUUGUUGAAAAGAUGUCUAGCUUUACAAAGAGUGCGAGAGACCAGUAUGAAAAACUGUCCACAAUGCACAAUAACAUGGUGAAGCUGUAUGAGAAUCUUGGAGAGUACUUCAUUUUUGACUCUAAGACAGUAACCAUAGAGGACUUUUUUGGUGACCUCAGCAACUUCCGAACUCUGUUUCUGGAAGCAGUAAAAGAAAACAAUAAGAGAAGAGAAAUGGAAGAGAAGACUAGGAGGGCAAAGCUUGCAAAAGAGAAAGCUGAACAAGAAAAAGUGGAACGCCAGAAGAAAAAGAAACAGCUCAUCGAUAUAAACAAAGAGGGUGAUGAGACUGGUGUGAUGGAUAAUCUUCUAGAAGCCCUACAAUCAGGUGCAGCAUUCCGAGACCGCAGAAAGCGGAUUCCAAGGAAUCCAGCAAGGAAUCAGGGAAAACCCCAGAAGAUACAGUUGAAGUACUGAGGAGUGAUCCAGUGGUGCUGUGUCACUAAGAUAACAGACGGGUACCUUUGGAAAGGUCACGCUCUCGCCACAAUGGAGCUAUCUCAUCUAAGUGAUUCCUGAUGCCAAAGAAUAUGAAAAAUAUUUAAGUAAACAAAAUCAUAUGUUUUCAGAAGAACAAAACAUGCAUUCAAGGGUCAGAGUGGAUAUAAGUGUAUUUCUGCAAAGGUCAAGCUAAACUGGAUGAAUUGAUGUGCAUUUGUAGAACUAUCACUAGACUCCUCCCACAAUACCUAUGUGACAGCUCACAGGACUAGAAAUAUUUGUUCCACUUUAGCGUAAAAAUGUCUGUUCUUUGUUGUUGUGUGACCUGACUCUGAAGAGGGAAUUGUAAAAAAUUGAAGAGUUUUGAGACUUUCAAAUAUUUAAAAUCCUAAAUUUCUAGGUCACUCCCACUAAAAGAAAAAGAAGAAGAAAAAAAGAAUAGACAGAUCUAUUCACUGUCUGCUUCCAAUUUAAUAGAUAGCAAAGGAAAAGGCCAAGACAAAAUGUGCAUGCUAAUGAUUUGGAAAGGUGCUAAUAUUGCACACAGUGUAAGAGAAGCCAUUUUGAAAACUCAAAAAAGUAUAGCUCCAUGUCAGUCAAGUUAUUUAGAAUCUUAUCUCAAGUGAAAGCUGAUGGAUUCAUCUGCUUUGGCUGAAAUUAAAUUUAUCAUUAGUCUAGCGUUUCAGCAUGAUAUUGCAAGCACACAUCAUUGCUAAAAAUAAACCAAAGUUUAACAGAAUCAGUUAGGGAAAAUGACUUCAACUUUAUUUAAAGAGGUAUUUUCUAAUAUGCAUAGAUGUCUACUUUAUACAAAUACUUUAUAUGACUAUUUUUUGAGAAAAACUCCACAUUUUAAUGUUUGUGCUAGGGAUGUACCUGAAAGUUCUAUUAUCUUUAUUUAGAUUUUAAAGGCAAAUAUUGAUUCUUAUUUGUGGUUUAUUUCUUCUCUCUAUUGCUUCUUUCUCCCUUGACCCCCUUGAAGGCAGGGAAUGGAGUUCUAGAAGACCUGGGAGGAAAGAGAUUUCUUUCUAUAAAAGGCAGCAGAAAACUGUGUGAAAGGUCAACUGUUCUAUCUUCCUUUCUACUCCCCUUUCCAAUUCUGUUUUGGUGGUCUGAAGAAGAAAAAAAGAAAUUCUAUAUAUGUAUAUGUAUAUACAUGUGUGUAUAUAUUUGUAUCUCUUGCUGCAGUAAUUGCACAUCCCAGUAACUAAGUGAACUUCUCAGUCAUCAUCAUACUUACCUUAUAUUAACAAAUUUAAACGUUGCUGCCACAACAACUCUGGGGAAAAAAACAAGGUCUAUGUUUUUCUCAAAUAGAUGAAAGUUAAAGUUAUACUUAACUUAUCUGUUAUUUUAUGAUAUGCAUUGAAAUAAUUGGUGUAACUUCUCUGGAGUGCAAUUUGAAGACCAAUUCAUGCAGAUGAUUGUGAUUACUGUAAAAGAGUUAUUAUAUGUAUAUUUCUUAUGUAGAAAGUCCUAUUUCUAUUCCUCCACUGCACAUGAUAGAGAAAGAACAAAUGACUGGCUUGGCAAGUCACCAUCUGAGAUAAGUGACCAGUAGCUCACAGAAUUCUUUAUAUAGAUGUAUAAUAAUUUACAUGGUUGCCUUGUCCUCCAGUGCAUUCUGGCUUGAGUAUUAUACUUCAAAAUUCUCUGAAAGCUGCUAUAAUAGAGAAAUCAAAGUCACAACAUCUGAGAUUUUUUCCACGUUUUCCUGACUGAAAACACACAUGUGCACACAUAAACAUGUUUGAGGACACAUCUGUUUUCACACACUAUUUUUAACAACAGCAAAAGUUUAGGUCCUACUAAUUUAGGUAAAUAACUAAUGUGUGCAUUUUUGACUUUGCAAAGAUUUUUUUCUGAAAUCUUCAUGGUAUCACUUCUUUGAGUCUUUUGACUAUAGAAAAAAUUAUUUUGAAGUGUCAACCUUGACUAAAUUUUGGAGACAUUUGCCAUGCCAUAUUAUCAAAUUUGUCAAGGUAGAAAUAGUGAUGUGUAUUGCCUUUUCCAGAUGCAAACUUGCCUUAUUUUCUAGUUUGUGAACAAGAAUGAAUGAAGUGCUAUUCUUGAUAAGUUAUAUAUUUGUAUUUACAGCAAUCCACAUGCUUUCACAAACAUUAAAAAAAACCUUUCAGGGUCCAAUAAUUAAGUUAAAAGAUUUACUUAUCAGGUUUAUAAUGGUCCUGUUUUAGCCACUUGCAUUUUUUAUUUAGAUUGAAAAGUACAUAGUGACAUUUUAGUAUAAAACCAAAUUAUACUAAAAUCUUUUGUUUCUUACUACCACACAGGAGAAGCACCAAUUAUACAGAUUUUUUUCAGAAUCUUAAAAAAAUAGAAAACACAUAAAAUGUUAACUAAUUAUAUUUGUUUCCUUUGGCUACUAUAAUAAAUGACCACAAAUUUGGUGGCUUAAAACAACAGAAAUUGAUUCUCUCAUUGUUCUGAAAUCUAGGGGUUCACAGGGUCAUGCUCCCUCCAGAGGUUCUAGAGAAUCCUUUCUUGUCUCUUCCAGCUUCUGAUGGCUAUUGACGUUCCUUGGCUCAUGGCCACAUUUCCACUCAUCUUUGCAGCACCUUUUGUCUGUGUACCUAAUCUCCCUCUGCCAGGAUAAUCUCUUCAUCUCAAGAACUUUAAGUUAAUUACAUCUCUAAAACCCCUUUUCCAAAUAAGGGAACAUCUAGAGGUUCUGCCCUCUGUCCCCCACCCAAAAUUGAUGUCUUUCUCAUGUGUAAAAUAUAUUCACCCUAUUCCAACAUUCCUAAGUCUCAGCUGAUUACAGUUUCAACUCUAAAUAAUUACAAAUGUUCCUAUUCCAGAAGGAGAUAAUGGAAAAGGGAGUCAGUCACCUGUCUUAAUCAUUUUCAAAAACUAACUAAAUUCCCUUUAGGAUUCAAGGCCUAGCAACAGUCCUCUCUGUCUCAGUGCCCCACCCUUUGGGUCUGAAGUUCUCCCCUCUUGGACCAUGAACUGGGCCUCUGCCUCUGUGCCCAUGGGUCACAAUUCUGACUCUCCCCUCAUUCUUGGCCCUCCAACUUUGCACUUGCAGCUUUUCCCUUGGUGCCAUCCUCCUUUUAUCUUGAAAAUUGGCACAUGUUUGUAGCUGAAUAGUUUAUAUUUUCCUGUUUUUCUGCCUGUAGAAUAUUGUUAGUCUGACAGCCUUCUCUAAUUUUGUCCUGUCUCUGCCCCUUGCAGGCCAAGCAAAGACGUUUCUGCUGAUAUAGCAUUCUCAAAAACUUGGUAGAGCUCCCAUAUAUCAUGUUGAUUCACACAAUUAGAAAAGAGGGCCCUAUUACAUAUCUUUCCUGGAUAACUUUCUCUCUAUUCCUGGUUUCUGCUGAGAUGGUUGAGUAAAUCCAUGACUCAAUGCCUGAUCUCUUUAGCACUAGGCAAAGAAUAUCCAGCCACAUCCUUAGCCUUGGCCCUAUCUUCAGAGUACACUUUCCUAAUAUUGAAUCUCCUAACUUUAGCCUCUUUUACAUUCUGAAUAGGCUUGGAAUCUCUUAACUCAUCAAGUACUGGUUCUUUUCCCACUUAACAGUCUUUCCUCCAUUUUUCUUCCCUAUUUUACUCUAGGCAGAGAAGAAACUAUGCCAUACCUCUAAUGCUUCAAUUACAACUCUCCUCAACCAAAUAUCCUAGUUUGUCACAUGUUCCCCUUGCCACACAACUUUAGGUGGCAAUUCAUAUAGGCUUUUUGCCAAUAUAGAACGAGCAUUGCCUUGCUUACAAUAUCCAAUAAAAUGAUCUUCAUUUCAUUGCAGGCCCUCACCAAAAAUGCCUUUUAACACUCAUAUUUCCAUCAAUGGUCCAGUCUAUGCUUUUUCUAUCACAUGCAUCAAAAUUCUUCCAGUCUAUGCCCAUUAUUCAAUUUCAAGGCCACUUUCACAUUUUAAGAUAUUUGUUACAGCAAUAGCCCAUUUGCCUGUACUGAUACCUGUAUUAGAUUUUUGUGGCUGCUAUAACAAAUUACCCCAAACAUAGUGGUUUAAAAUAGUAUUCUCUUCCUGUUUUAGAGGCCAAUGUCCAAAAUUGAGUUAUGUUCACUGUGGGAGAAAUAUGUUCCUUGCAUCUUCUCAUUUUUUGUGUCUGUUAUCAUUCCUUGGCUGCAUCUCUUUCUGCUCUUUCUCCACAUCAUCUUCCCUUUAGUGCAUCUAAUCUACCUCUGCCUCUCUUGUAUUAGGACAUUUAUAAUGGAAUUUGGGGCCAUUCAGAUUACCCAUGAUAAUCUUAUCUCUAAAUCCUUAAUUUAAUCAUAUCAUCCAAAUUUAAUUACAUUUUCCAAACAAGCUAAUUCACAGAUUAUAGGGAUUAGGAUGUGAACAUAUCCUCCUUUUUUGGAGGGGGCACCAUUCAGCCACUACAUUAGUCACUUACACUUUUAAAAAUAUAUCUUUGGUGCUUGAGACAAAUUUAAGGUUUUCUCUAAAAGCUAUUAUCUGUACAGGCUACUGCAUGCUUUGUUAAGUGGACAAAGUGGUUAUUCUAAACUUUGGUUGAUACUUUAGCUAAUAUGGCCAAUUAGCUUGAAAAAAAUGGAUCUCAACUCUGCGCUUGAGUGUAUCUCUUCUGCCCCUUUUUUAAGAAGUCUUUGACCAAAUGUCUUCUAUGAUUCAUAAUGCAGACACAAAACUACCUCUGAUACAGAAGAGUUCCUUACACGCUUAUUUUAGAUAUUGUGAAUCCCUCAGCUGAUGGGAGAGGUGAAAGCAAAGACAACAUUAAAUGAGUAUUGAGGGAGAUUGUGUCCAUACCAAGCCACCAUGAAGAACCAUUUCAGUAGCAGUAAACUGUGCAUUUGUGCUCUCAUUUUGCCUCAGAAUAAAUGUCUGUAUCUAUGCAGGGCCAUGAAUGACUUGCAAUCUUUAUGUAAUGCCUACUUUACUUAUUCAAUAAAGUUAAGAUAAACAUUAAA